CUCCUUCGGUUUGUGUGUGUUAGUAUAGCUGAUAAUCAGUGGUGUAGUCGAGUUUUUUCUAGUGGGUAUACUCCAGCCUCAUAAACCAAAGCCAGGUCCAGUUCUUAUAUGUGUGUUGUUGUUUUCUCCCACACACAGCAGCUCCUUUCUUUCAACCAAACCACCAGUUAGCUAGUUAUAGACGUGAUAGCGUCAGCAGCUCCUCUUCCUGCCAUCAGGUAGAGCUGAUGUUUCCUCUUCAUCAGGCUCCUUUUUCAGACGUUAACGUUAGCUCCAGCCCGGGACGGACUGGCCAUUGGGCAAUGUGGGCAAAUGCCACUGUGGCUGGCAGCAUCACAAACAAAUAAAUAAAUGAAAAUAUAAAGCGGAGCGGAGCGGCCGCAUCAAUAGGCGGCCGCAAAUGAUUAGGCUAAAUAAAUAAAUAAAGCGGACCGGCUGCGUCAAUAGGCGGCCGCAAAUCAGUGAAUGAAUAAAUAAAAAUAAUAAAAAAUAAAACGGAGCUGAAGGCGGCCACAAAAAAGAGGGAAAAAGCAAACAAAAAAACAGCCUGUGAACUCUGACAAAUAAUAGGCCUACUCAACUAAACAAUAAUAAUGACGUUUUUUAUUAUAGAGGAAAAAAGAGAGGAGGAAUUAGUGGAGGAAGAGUCAGCAACACAGACUGUAGGCCAAGAAAUGGACGCUGCCGUCACACCUGCACCUGCUAUUGCAGCCACAAGUAGAGAAACAGCUGCUCCAGUGACAGAGGUGAUCCAGGAUGAAUGUAAUUAUUUCAAACGUCCGAAAUCCAACACACUUGAAUUAUUUUUCAAGUUUCAUCCAAAUCAGCCUUCUGAUGCACAAGAAUCUGUCAAGAAAUCAUACAGAUAUAAAGAUGGAUCACAAAGAAAAUGGGUGAGUUAUGAUGCUGAGAACCACUCAUUAUUUUGUGCAGUUUGCAUGGCAUUUUCUAAAAAGACAGACACAAGUGCCUUCAUUCAAGGAUGUAAGGAUUGGAGACACAUUCAUCAGAGGCUCAACAGUCAUGAAAACACAUUCAUCUGGAAUGUGUGAAUGCUUAUCUUUCAUGGAUAAGUAAAGCAGACAUCCCUAACCUGCUGGAUUCAAAUAUGAUGUCAGCUCGCAGAGAACAGGUGCGCAAGAGGCGACAAGUCCUGCAGCGUGUCAUUGAUGUUACAAAAUCGAUAGGCAAAUGCGCACUCGGUUAUCGUGGAAGUAAAAAUGAGGCAGCUCACUCAUUAGCAGACAUGUCUGUGGAUCAUGGGAACUUUCUUGAAAUUCUUCUGCUUCUCAGCAAAUAUGACAGCUGUUUACAGCAGCAUGUUCAAGACUGCAUCCAAAAAAGCCAAUCAAGCACUGGCAAAGGAAGAGGCUCACGAGUGACAUUAAUGUCCAAAACUACAGUAUGUUCUGUUUUGGAGGCUAUCCGGCAACUCAUCAAGGAAACAAUCGCAACUGAAGUAAACCAGGCUGGAAUGUAUACUGUACAGAUAGACACAACCCAAGAUAUAACAUCAAAAGAUCAGUGCAGUGUUGUAGUCCGCUACGUAACAGAGAGCAGCAUUCAGGAGAAGCUACUUGCAGUUGUUGAAUGCAAGUCAUCAACAGGGGAGGACUUUCUUAAACUGCUCAAGGAGACGUUGGCCACUUGCAAACUUGAUGUGAAGAACUGCAUUGGAAACUCAACAGAUGGGGCUGCAAAUAUGCAGGGGCAAUACAGGGGGUUUUCUGCCUGGCUGUCAAAAGAAGUCCCAACCCAAAUGCAUGUAUGGUGUUAUGCCCAUGUUUUAAACCUGGUUAUGUCUGAAACCACAGGUGUUGUGAUAACAGCAGCAUCAUUAUUUGGGUUGAUUAAUGAGAUUGCAGUGUUUCUUCGUGACUCAUAUCAGAGAAUGAAUGUUUGGGAAGGUGUGAGUCAGGACCCCCAACACAGAAGAAUUUCACUGAUUGGGGAAACAAGAUGGUCUUCAAAGGAUGCUGCAUUAAAGAAGAUCUUUGGAUCCUUUGCCCAGCCAAAGAAUGCUUUGUAUGUGGACUUAGUUGAAACAUUGUCCAAAAUUCAGAACAACUUACAGUUUAAGCCAGCUGUACGUGUAAAAGCGCAUGCCUUCAUUGAGUCACUCAUUAAAUAUGAGACAGUUCUCACUGCACAGUUGUUCCUGCGUGUUUUCACACUCACAUCGCCUUUGUCAAAGUAUCUCCAAACCAAUGCCAUGGAUCUCUUGACUGCCCAUCGCAUGGUGACAGAAACACACAACAAACUACAAGACUUUGUCCGAGACUUUGACACAGUGAAGGACGCGGCAGACAAUUUAGUGAAAUGGGCCAAUGGUGGAUUCCAAAAUGUGGACUCUGAAAUGGAAGUGCAGGCUGCACUGCCACCAAAACGCAUGAAAAAAAGGAAAACAAUGCCAGGAAAGUCUGCCUAUGAAGAAAACACAACUGCAGACUCAUUGACAGCCUACAGGAUCAAUGUUCACAACAUCAUUCUGAUACAGUCUCUGAGUGUAUGCACCGCCGCUUCCUGCAGCACGGGAAUUUAAUGCUGACUUAUCAUUACUAGAUCCGCUUCAUUUUCCAGAGAUAAAUUCAAAUGGACUUCCCCACAAUGCACUUGAGGACAUCAGUAAAUGCCUCAUUCCUUUUGAUGAAGAUGCAACAGUUGAAAAUUUACAAUCUGAGUUGUGCAGCCUGGCCCUCCACUGGGACACUAUUAAAAAGUCCCCUCUCAGUGAGUAUACAACCAGAGAGUCACAGUGUCUUACCUCUGAGGAAGAAGAGGACAAUCAGGAGGACAUGGAGGAAAUUGAUCUUGUUAGCAAAAGAUGCACAGCCUGCAGGAACUGUGCUGUGUGUUGCUACUUCCUCCUCCAGCAGCUGAAGUUCUUCUCACAUGCGUACCACAAAAUACAGUUGGCCUACAAAUACUUGUUGACCUUGUCCUGCACACAAGUGGCAUGUGAAAGAAGCUUCUCGACACUUAAGUUCAUUAAGAGUCGUCUCAGGAGCAGAAUGCGAGAGGAAAAUUUGGAAGUCUUCAUGUUAAUGGCAACGGAGAAGGAGAUCCUCAUGAGACUGGACUCGGAUGAUGUGAUUGAUAGAGUGGCAGAGAAAAGCAAAUUAUUGCCCAACCUGCUACUGUAACUACAUAAAGAUGACGAAGAAGACGAAUGUGGCCUCUCUCUGUCAAAAUUGCCAGGGCCUCUUUUUGGUGCCAAUCCACCACUGGCUCCAGCUGUAGUGAUCCUUAAAGCAACAGUAUUCACAGGAAAAGCAGCAGGCUUAUUAAAACACUGUCAGGGCUCCCUCCUCACCCCCGUCCUUCCCACCUGACAUCCCCAAUACCCCCUUUCCCAUCUGGUUCUUCUCCCUCUCUUGCUCCCCUCUUCCAUUCAUGCUCCCCUCUCUGUCACUCAGUUUCUGUCUCUGUCUCCCAUCUGCUCCUCUGCCCCUGUCUCUCCCUUACAGCUCAGUGCCUGAGUGGAGUUUGGCUUCCCAGCUGACUCCACUCAGGCAAUCAACCUCCUCUACGGCUCCCGGACAGCUGACGAACAUCACUCUGAUUACUCACCUCAGCAAUAAGAACCGGCUCAUCCUUCCAGCAGCAGGCUUAUUAAAACACUGAAACAGGAUCAUUUGGGUUUGCUUUCUUUUUGUUAUUUUUUCUCCACCGACUGGUGUUGGAUCCAGGUUGUUGACUCAUGCCCCUCUUCUUCUAAGCCAGAGGUAUUCAGUUAAAAUUCAAAGAGGUCCAGUCAGAGAAAAUGGAUAAAAGCAAAGGUCCAGAAGAUCUUCAUGUCUAACUUCAGUUAGUGUUGUUCUCGAACAAAAUAGUUUCCUCUGUGAUGAAUAAAAUAUAUCUUAUCUUAUUUUUCAUAUUUUAUCUUAUCUUCAUUCUGAUUCUGCCAUAGAUGCUCGCCUGGUUUGAGAUCUACUGACUGUACAUGAUUCACAUCAUUGUCAUCAAACCAUUCAGUGACCCUUCAUGCUCUGUGGAACUCCCAUCAGAGUAGAAGUGUUUCAUAAAAGGAUAAAGAUGAUCAUUCACAACAACUUUAGUUCAAUUUGCAGUGAUGCUUCCCGUAAAAAAUCAAGUGAACCCAAACCUUGGUGGUAAAAUGCUCCCCACAGUUCACCAGAGACACCAAAUCCUUUCAGUGUUGGAAUCAAUGGAUUCCUUUCAGUUGUUGCCCAUUUCUAUAUCCACAGAAGAUCAAAGAAACUGAUCCAAUUAGAGAUCAAAAUUUUUCAAUAAAAUCUAAGUUUUUAACACCAGAACUAAUUCUCUGUGUUUUCUUUG